GGAGCAUCUGAGCUAGCACUACGAGCAACCAUGGAGGCGGCUCUGGUGAGUGCAGCGACGGGGGCCUUGAAACCCGUCCUGGAGAAGCUGGGCGCUCUGGUGGGUGAUAAGUACAAGCGGUUCAAGGGUGUGUGUGACGAUAUCAAGUCACUCACACGUGAACUCACUGCCAUGGAAGCAUUUCUUCUGAAGAUGUCGGAGGAGGAGGAUCCUGAUGCUCAGGAUAAGGUGUGGAUGAAUGAGGUGAGGGAGCUCUCCUAUGACAUGGAGGACUCCAUUGACGACUUCAUGCAGAGUGUUGACGUCGAAGAUACAAAGCCAGAUGGCUUCUUGGAGAAGAUGAAGAACUUGCUGGGGAAGGUAAAGGCUCGGCACCGGAUCGGCAAGGAGAUACAAGAUCUGAAGAAGCAAAUCACUGAGGUGGCCCAGAGGAAUGAAAGGUACAAGGUCCGUGAGGCCUUCUCCAAGAAAAAAAAUGCAACCAUCGACCCCAGAGCUCUUGCCAUCUUUCAGCAUACCUCUGAGCUUGUCGGAAUUGAUGAACCCAAGGCCAAGGUAAUUAAACUGUUAACUGAAGGUACGUCGACACAAGAGAAGACGAAGUUGGUUUCCAUCGUGGGAUCUGGAGGAAUGGGGAAGACAACUCUUGCAAGCCAAGUGUAUGAAGAUCUCAAAGGAAAAUUUAAAUGUCAGGCCUUCUUAACCGUGUCAAGGAAUCCAGACAUGAUGAAUAUCCUCCGGACAAUAUUACGUGCAGUUAGUGGCCAACAUUACAGAGACACUGAAGAAGGAAGUAUAGAACAGCUCAUCAUGAAGAUCAAGGAUUUCCUAGUAGACAAAAGGUAUUUUGUUGUUGUUGAUGAUAUAUGGGACGUGGGUACAUGGAAUGUUAUCAAGCUUGCAUUUCCCGUGACUAGUUCUGGCAGUAUCAUAAUCACCACUACUCGUAUAAAUGAUGUUGCUGAAUCAUGCCGUUCAACACCAUUCAGUGGAGAUAUUUAUUGCAUAAAGCCUCUUGAUGUGGUGCACUCAAGGAAGUUAUUUUACACAAGAUUAUUUAACUCCGAAGAAAAUUGCCCAUCAUACCUUAAAAAGGUUUCUGAACAUAUUUUGAAAAAAUGUGCUGGGUUGCCUUUGGCAAUCAUUGCUAUAUCCGGUUUGUUGGAUAAUAUUGAAAGGAUAGAGGGUCCAUGGAAACAAGUUGAAGAUUCAAUUGGUCGAGCACUUCAAAGAAAUCCCAGUGUUGAAGGAAUGAUGAAGAUAUUGUCACUUAGUUACUUUGAAUUGCCUGCUCAUCUGAAAUCAUGUCUCUUAUGUUUGGGUAUAUUCCCUGAAGAUUCUGUUAUUAAGAAGAAAGGUUUGAUAAACAGGUGGAUUGCUGAAAGAUUAAUUCAUACAGAAGCCGGAUAUAAUACAACAUAUGAGUUUGGAGAAAGGUGUUUUAAUGAGCUCAUCAAUAGGAGUUUGAUGCAACCUGGGGAAAAAGAAAUAGAUGGUACUAUAAAGAGUUGUCGACUUCAUGACACAAUUCUUGAUUUCAUCAUAUCCAGGUCCAUCGAAGAAAACUUUGUUACUUUGGUGGGUGUUCCUGGUUUAACUGUUGAGACACACAACAAAGUUCGUCGGCUCUCCCUGCAUGCCGGCAAGGAAAAAGAAGUGAUACUGCCAAGAGGCUUGGUGUUGUCUCAUAUACGAUCACUUGAUGUUUUUGGGGAAUCGGUGAAAAUCCCUUCCAUGGACAAGUUCAGGCAUUUGCGUUUUCUGGACUUUGAAGAUUGCCAACAGCUAGAGAACCACCAUCUUGAAAAUAUAGGGAGAUUGUUUCAGCUGAGGUACUUGAGCCUCCGAGGAGCGGAGGAAGUAAGUAAGCUCCCAGAACAAAUCGGACAUCUAUGGUGCUUAGAGAUACUGGAGUUAAGAGGCACCUCUGUUUGUGAGUUACCGACAUCUAUUGUUAAUCUCAAGAGAUUGGUGCACCUAUUUGUCAACUACAAGGUUACACUUCCAUGUGGAAUUUCCAAGCUGCUAGCACUGGCGAAAUUGAAGGUUGUUAGAGUCUAUAGUCAGUCAUUUAACUUCAUGCGAGAAUUUGAGCAGCUGCAGAGUCUGAAGGUAUUGACCCUUUGUUUUGAGGAUUAUAGUUCUGCUGACCAAGUGAACACUGAAAAUGAGUCCAAGAAAACUAUUACCGUCACUUCCCUUAAAAACCUAGGGAACCUUCUAUCUCUAAUUAUCUGGUAUGGCCCCGAAUUAGUAGGGGAAUGUCUGUGCCCUAUGCCACUUAGCCUCCAGAAGCUGAAAGUCUGGUAUUCGAGGAUUCCCCAUGUUCCAAAUUGGGCGGGCUCCCUUGUCAACCUCCAGGAGUUACGCCUUGAAUUGUUCAGAGCUGAGCAGGAAGAUUUAUAUAUCCUUGGAGGCUUACCUGUUCUGCGUUGUCUGAUUCUGGAAAUUGAUGGAAGGAAAAUUAGAAAUACCUCAUUAACAGAAGAGCCUGAAGUUACAAGGGUCAUAGUCUGUGGUGAGGUUGGAUUCCCAUGCUUGAGGAUAUUUAAUUAUAAUAGUCAGGAUGCUGUGAUGAAUUUGACGUUUGCGGCUCGAGGCAUGCCCAAGGUAGAUGACCUCUCGAUAGAAUUUAACGCAGCAAAAACUGAGUCUCUGGGUACUAGCGGUGCUUUUGAUCUCGGAAUAGAAAAUCUCCCCAGCCUCCUUAAAAUCAGAUGUGUACUAUGGGGAUACGUGGACGAUAUCAGCAGAGUUGAGGCUGCAAGGGCUGCCAUUCGGGAAGCAGCCAACGCACAUCCCAACCGCCCUACUCUAUCCUCCUACUGAUAUGGGUUGCGGGAAUUGAGCUCAGGGAACAAUUCCAGUUAGGCUGCAACGCCAAAGGUUCAUUUAGCAUUUUCUGCGAGGAUGGAUCUGCCUCCCUGCUGGAACGUACUUAGUCAAACCUAUAUAUCCAUUCUGGUUGUCGUGUAUACUACUAUACUGUACUCUCUAGCUAGAGAACAGCGUUCUGCACCCUUCGGAUAGUGAUACUAUAUUAGCAGCAUAUGUCAGUGUCCCUACACACA